GCUUUCUACGCGGAACUGAUGAUGAUGUUCCCUUCUUUCUUCAUGUGUGAACGCGUUGAAGCUUUCUACGCGGAAGGUAAAGGUGCUUCAGUUGGGGUUCUUCUUUUUCCUCUCUUCGAUGAUUUUCUAGGAAAGGCUGAGCACCAUAAAAUUUUCAAUAACUUAAUAAAUCUCAUUCAUCUCAAAUAUUCCGUUCUCUUUCUUUGACAUAUUAUCAAGCGCUCGCCUCUUUCUCUUCUUUUUUACUCACAAGUUACAAGUCUAUUGUUAGUUCCUUGAGAGAGACACAAACAGAUGGAUGGUAUUGAAGCUAAUAUCACCCCUCGUCGAGAAAAAAGACACAAACAGAUGGAUGAGAUUGAAGCUAAUAUCUCUCCUCGUCGAGAAAAGAGACACAAACAGAUGGAUGGUAUUGAAGCUAAUAUCCCCCCUGUUCAGGAAAAGUAUGAUGUGUUUGUCAGUUUCAGAGGUGAGGACACCCGCCGUGGUAUUACCAGCCAUCUUCAUGCUGCCUUACUUCAGAAGAAAAUUGAAACCUACAUAGAUUACAGACUUCAGAAAGGAGAAGAAAUCGGACCUGCCCUUCUAGAGGCAAUCGAGAAAUCCACGCAUUCGGUGAUCAUUUUCUCACAAAACUAUGCUUCUUCCACAUGGUGUUUGGAUGAGCUUGUGCAUAUACUCGAAUGCAAGGAAAGACAUGGCCAGAAGGUUAUACCCGUAUUCUAUGACAUCAAUCCAUCUGAUGUACGAAAACAACACGGGAGUUAUGCGGAUGCAUUUGCUCAACUUGAAAAACGUUUCAAGGACAGUAUUGAUAAGGUGCACAAGUGGAGGGAUGCUUUGAAGGCUGCAGCCGAUCUGUCUGGGUUUGAUUAUUCAAACAAUCACGGGACGGAGGCAGAUCUAAUUAAGAAUGUUGUCGAUCAAAUUUGGACAAACUUGAAUUGUGAAUCAUCAUGUGAUUUAGAUGGCUUGGUUGGAAUUGAAAGCCGCAUUCAACAAAUUGAAUUGCGACUGGGCAUUGACUCAAAGGACGCUUGCAUCACUAUAGGUAUUUGGGGCAUGGGUGGUAUUGGCAAGACCACCCUUGCUGAAACUGUAUUUCACAAACUCUCUUCUAAAUUCAAAGCUUCUUGUUUUCUUAAAAAUGUCAGGGAGAAAUCAGAACAACCAGAUGGACUAGAUUGCUUGCAAAAGAAACUUCUAAGUGACAUUUUCAAGGGAGAAAGUCUAUCCAUAGAAUCAACUAUUGUUCGAAGGAGGCUUAGCCGCACAGAGGUCCUCAUUGUUAUUGAUGAUGUGAGUAGUCCAAUGCAAAUGCAACGUUUAGCUGGUGAUCUUCAACGGUAUGGCACUGGAAGUAGAAUCAUUAUCACAAGUAGAGAUAAGGACACACUUAGACAAAUUGUUGAAGAGGAGAAUAUCUACGAAGUUGAGGUAUUAAAAUCGGAUGACGCUUUUCAGCUCUUCUGUUUGCAUGCUUUCAAGAAUAACACUACUCGUAGAACAGAUUAUGAGGAGUUAUCAAAAAAGAUCGUGGAUUAUGCCAGAGGCGUUCCCUUAGAUCUUAUAGUUCUGGGGUCCUUAUUUUUCAAUUGCCAGAGUAAAGAAGAAUGGGAAGAUGAAUUCAACAAAUUAAAACGAUUUCCUAGACAAGAUAUCCAGAAAGUGUUGAGAAUAAGUUACAAUAGAUUGGAAGAAAAUGAGAAGCAGAUAUUUUUGGAUAUAGCAUGUUUUCAUAAAGGGAAGGAAGUGAGUGAGGUAGAACGAAUGUUACAUGUUCGUGGAUUCUUUGCAACAUCGGGAAUUAGAAAUCUCCAUGAUAGAUCUCUCAUAUCAAUUUAUUCAGACAAAUGGGUAAGGAAAGUCAUAGAGAUGCAUGAUUCACUACAAGAAAUGGGAAGGACAAUUGUUCAAGAACAAUGUAUUGAAGAUCCUGGUAAACGGAGUAGGUUGUUCACGAAUGAGGAAAUCUAUCGUGUACUGAAUAGUAACAUGGAAAGUCCAAUUGUUGAAGCCAUAUUCCUUAAAUGGCAUAAGAGUGAAGAGCGACGACCAUGGAACUUCAAAUUGAUGUCAAACCUAAGAAUGCUAUUUGUGCAUAAUUCUCAAAUAAUUGACUUCAAACCCACCACUUCUGUAGACCUUCCCGAUGCUCUUCGCUACCUUGACUGGUUAGGAUAUCCACUAGAAUCUUUGCCGUCAAAAUUUUCGCCGGAAAAUCUAGUUGAGCUUCAUAUGCCAUGGAGCCGAGUUAAGAAGCUCUGGAAAGAAGACCAGAGACUUGUCAACUUACAAGUGCUCGAUCUGCAUGGCUCUAUAGAUCUAACUGAAGUUCCAAAUCUCUCUGGGAGUCUAAAAAUUGUGGACAUAAAUCUCUCUGGCUGUGGAAGUUUGGUUGAAAUUCCAGAGAUGCCAGGAAAUAUUAAAUACUUGGAUUUAUCUUACACUGGUAUAAAGGAGUUGACCCAGCCAGUUUGGUCUCACGAAAAAAUUUCUUACUUGAAUAUAAGUCAUUGCGGAGACCUUGAGAAACUUCCAAGCAACAUGUGUAAGCUGAAAGUCUCUGGUUCUUUUAAUCUAGAUGGGUGCACAUCUCUUGCCGAGUUUUCUGAGCUUCCGAGGGAUAUAACUAAAUUAUCAUUGAUUGAUUGCAACAAACUUGUGAGUCUACCAACCAACAUUUGUAAGUUGAAAUAUCUCAAGGAACUCAAUCUCUCCGGCUGCUCUAAACUUGAAAACUUUCCAAAGAUCUUGGAGCCAGUGGAACAUUUGGAGUCUUUAAAUUUAAGUGGAACAACGGUUCAAGAGCUACACUCAUCAAUCGAGUUUCUCCAUGCUCUCAAAAUACUUGAUCUACAUGGUUGCAAAAGGCUUUCAAGCAUUCCAAAGAGCAUUUGUAAGUUGAAAUAUCUCGAGAAACUCGAUCUCUCUUGGUGCCCCAAACUUGAAAACUUCCCAGAGAUCUUGGAGCCAAUGGAACAUUUGGAGUCUUUAAAUUUAAGUGGAACAACGGUUCAAGAGCUACACUCAUCAAUCGAGUUUCUCCAUGCUCUCAAAAUACUUGAUCUACAUCGUUGCGAAGGGCUUUCAAGUAUUCCAAAGAGCAUUUGUAAGUUGAAAUAUCUCGAGGAACUCGAUCUCUCUUGGUGCCCCAAACUUGAAAACUUCCCAAAGAUCUUGGAGCCAAUGGAACAUUUGAAGUCUUUAAAUUUAAGUGGAACAAUGGUUCAAGAGCUACACUCAUCAAUCGAAUUUCUCCAUGCUCUCAAAAUACUUGAUCUACAUCGUUGCGAAGGGCUUUCAAGUAUUCCAAAGAGCAUUUGUAAGUUGAAAUAUCUCGAGGAACUCGAUCUCUCUUGGUGCCCCAAACUUGAAAACUUCCCAGAGAUCUUGGAGCCAAUGGAACAUUUGAAGUCUUUAAAUUUAAGUGGAACAAUGGUUCAAGAGCUACACUCAUCAAUCGAAUUUCUCCAUGCUCUCAAAAUACUUGAUCUACAUCGUUGCGAAGGGCUUUCAAGUAUUCCAAAGAGCAUUUGUAAGUUGAAAUAUCUCGAGGAACUCGAUCUCUCUUGGUGCCCCAAACUUGAAAACUUCCCAAAGAUCUUGGAGCCAAUGGAACAUUUGAAGUCUUUAAAUUUAUGGGGAACAGCGGUCACUGCUCCAGCGCGAAACGCGUUUUUAUAACCACUGACAGAUGUAAACAAGAUCAUAAAGUUAAGGGGUAGGGCAACUUAUAGCUCCCAAAAGUCAUGUUCAUGGUCAUACUAUAUAGGCUCAUAACUGUAACCAUGGACAGUGGUCAUGCCUGCACUAUCAGCUCGAAAUGUCAUAUGCAAUAACGACAUGUUCUCUUUCAAGAUAAUGUGGCAUGAUGGAUGGGUACUCAUUCUAUCAAUCAAGAUUGCACAUUCACACAUGACUCAA